AUGUACCAUGGGUUAGAUCACUUUCAGAGGAACAACCCACCUACUUUCAAAGGGGGUUAUGAUCCUGAGGGUGCUGAGGCUUGGCUGAGGGAGAUUGAGAAGAUCUUCCGGGUGAUGGAGUGUCAGGACCAUCAGAAGGUGUUGUUUGCUACUCACAUGCUAGCAGAUGAGGCGGAGUACUGGUGGGAGAACACUCGCCCAUGUUUAGAGGGAGCAGGUGGUGUUGUUGUCCAAUGGGAGACUUUCAGACAAACUUUUCUGGAGAAGUAUUUUCCAGAAGAUGUGAAGAAUAGGAAGGAGAUGGAGUUUCUCGAGCUGAAACAGGAAAGUAUGACGGUGGCAGAGUAUGCGUCGAGGUUUGAGAACCUUGUAAGGUAUUUUCCUCAUUAUCAGGGGGAAGCUGGGGAGAGGUCCAAAUGCGUGAAAUUUGUCAAUGGCCUUCGACCAGAAGUGAAGAUGAUGGUAAAUUAUCACGGUAUUCAUAACUUUGCACAGUUGACCAAUAUGUGUAGAAUCUUUGAUGAAGAUCAGUGGGAGAAGACUGCUUUUUACAGGAAUGCCAAUGUUAGUCAUGGGAAAGAUAAGAAGUCUGUGACUCACAAUCGUGCUAAGCCAUAUUCUGCCCCUCCCGGGAAAUAUGGAAACCAUUCUAGAGGACAGAGGACUAGUGGAGGACUUCAACCAGUUGGUGGGAGUUCUCAGCCAAUUAACAGGGUGUCUCAGUCUGCGGGUAGAAGUAGCGGUGGUAGUGGUGCUCCUGCUAUUGUUACUACACCACUCAGGUGUGGGAAGUGUGGUCGGCUUGGGCAUAUUGCUCGUGAGUGCACAGAUAGAGAGGUGACUUGCUUUAACUACCAAGGUAAGGGCUACCUCAGUACCAGUUGCCCACAUCCGAGGAGAGAGGAGAGGAGUGGAAGUCUGAAUAACCAAAGUGGACGACCAAGGACCAUAGGGAGAGUGUUUGCUCUUAGUGGUGCUGAUGCCGCACAGUCUGAUGAACUCAUCCAAGAUUGA